CACACACACACACACAUAUAUAUAUAUAUACUGUAUAUAUACUGUAUAGCACUAAGUACAAACCUCAGGGUCCUCAGAGUAAUGGGCAGCCUGGGGUCGAGCUGCAGAGGUCUGGGGACGAGCUGCAGAGGUCUGGGGACAAGUUGCAGAGGUCUGGGGACGAGCUGCAGAGGUACGGGGACGAGCUGCAGAGGUACGGGGACGAGCUGCAGAGGUCUGGGGACGAGCUGCAGAGGUACGGGGACGAGCUGCAGAGGUCUGGGGACGAGCUGCAGAGGUACGGGGACGAGCUGCAGAGGUACGGGGACGAGUUGCAGAGGUACGGGGACUAGCUGCAGAGGUACGGGGACGAGCUGCAGAGGUCCGGGGACGAGCUGCAGAGGUCCGGGGACGAGCUGCAGAGGUCUGGGGACGAGCUGCAGAGGUCUGGGGACUAGCUGCAGAGUUCACAGUCCGAUCCAGCAGGUGGUGCUGUCACACAUCACGACUCAUCGUCACGCUGCUCUCACACCUUCCACUAACAUUCAGCAGCCAGCACACCUGAACGUCACACCUGUUCCAGUUUCUAUAGCAACGGCUAACAUCAGUCCUGCGAUUGGCUGUUUGUGGUGAUGAAACUCGUUAAACUGCAGUUCCUCUGAUGACCACCAGGUGUAAGAACACGUUGUGUCUUAUUAUACUGUCAUCAAUUUCUAAUUACUCUUUGAAAAGUAAUUACAUCACUGCACCAAUUACUCAGCCGCCAGCUCCGUCAGAGGUGCCUUUACACCAGGGCCGGAUCAGCCUAUCAGGGGCCGCCUGCUGGACCCACUGCUGGACCCACUGCUGGACCCCCUGCUGGACCCCCUGCAGGACCCCCUGCUGGUCCCCCUGCUGGACA